UUCCAGCCUCCAUCUGAACUCCUCUUCAGAUAGCAGAUAUUGACGGUGAAUUUGUGAGCAGCAGUGCAGAUAUGAGGGUGUCUAUUGCAGUCUUGUGUCUGAUGUGGCUGUCCUCUUGUGAGAGCCGCACACUGGGGCGUUGUGACGUCGUCCGUAUCUUCAAGGCAGAGGGACUUGAUGGCUUUGAGGGAUUGUCUGUUGGCAAUUAUGUGUGCACGGCCUACUGGGAAAGCAGGUUUAAGACCCACAGAGUGCGUUCGGCCGAUACCGGGAAAGACUAUGGAAUCUUCCAGAUAAACAGUUUCAAAUGGUGUGAUGAUGGCACUCAGGGUGGAAAGAACUUGUGCAAUGUGCCCUGCUCAGAUUUGCUUAAGGACGACCUGAAAGCUUCAGUUGAAUGUGCAAAGCUCAUUGUGAAAAUGGAUGGACUGAAAUCAUGGGACACCUGGGAAAGUUACUGUAAUGGCCGUAACAUGAAACGCUGGGUGAAAGGUUGCGAAUAGCACUAAUAAGGCCUUGAAUGCAUGUGGGAUCUUUAAUUACCUUCAAUGAUAAGUCAUCAGUAAUAUUUGUAUCCUUGAUCUUAAAGCAUCUUCCCAAAUUGUAAAGUUGUGUUUGCGCCUCACUUUUGUCUUAAGCUGAUGCAGCAGCAAAUUAUGACAGAUGGUUUGUUUGAUAUUACUAGAUAGUUGUGGUGAGCUUUUAUUAAAAAUGGAAUAAUCUGUCUCUGAAAACCCAUAUUGAUUGACCAGUACUCUGAAUAUUAAACAUGCCCCUCUAAAUGUC